AUGUUCGAGCCAAAGCAAUUGGUCCUUGCCAAAAUCAAAGGUUUCCCCGACUGGCCGGCCAUCAUUGUCCCUAUCGAAUCCAUACCUGCAAAACUAUCCUCAUCGAGAUAUCAAAGGCAAAUAGACGCCUAUUUAAAGAACGAUGUCUGUGUGAAGUUCUACUUCGACGACCAAUAUUCAUGGACCAAACUUACGAAUCUAAAGCCUCUAUCCCUCGACAUGGUCGAGGCGUUCCUACUGCAGGACCACGGCGGUAGGAGAAAGAAGAGAAUCGUGGAAGCGUUUGAGAAAGUCAAGGAAGUCCCCGUGGACGAGUUUUUGAAAUGGGGGUCUUGGGGUGAACCAAAACCUGUUGUGGAGGAUGCUGAGGACGUUUUCGAAGAUGGCCUGGACAAUAAGGGGGGGCGUAAGCGGAAAAAUAAUAAUGGAAGUAAGCAAACUGGAAAGGGGAAGGGGAAGGGGAAGGGAAAAGACAAGGACAAGGAUCAGGACAAGGACCUUGGACGGGAGACCAAGAGAAGAAGAUCUGGAAGAGCUACGAAAGUUACAGAGGAGACGUCGACUCCUGAAUUCACAGAGGAGGAGCAGAUUGUAGAUGAUGAGGAUGUGGAAUAUGUCGAACCGGAAGAUGAAGACUUGGAGGAGGAAGAAGAGGAAGAAGAAGAGGAAGAGGAAGAGGAAGAAGAAGAAGAAGAAGAAGAAGAACAGACUGUGGAACCACCAGCUAUUGUCGAUGAUUUAUCGUCAAAGCAACCUCCAGAUUUCAACGUCGACUUCUCUGUCAUUCCGCAUUCGUCUGCUCUAACCACCGAAGUCCAAGAAAUGUCACAGUGGUGUCAUGAUCUGCGGAUGGAAUUACAGACCCUUAUCUUCCCGUUGAGGAAGCAACAACCUGGUGAAAUGGAGGAAGAAGCUGUUGUGCCAAAUGAGGCCAAUGGUGCUGAUAACGCCAGCAACACAAGUGUCGAGGUGACGGGAACCAAUGUCGACGAUGCUCAUCAACAACACAAUGAAAGUGAAGUUAAAGCCGAAGAUGUCGAGCAAGUCCAGCCCAAUUAUAAAGAUCUAAACAAACAAAUAGAAGAACUAAUUUCGCCGCUUCUGAAUGCAGAUUUAUCCAAGUCUAUUGUCAAAUCCACAGGAUUGUCGAAAAUCAUCCUAAUAAUUCUCUCCAAACCCGAAUUUUCGUCGGCAUGCACGAAAAGGCUAUCUAAAUGGUGGGUUUCCAAUUUUGAUUUCUCAAUCAAGCCCGACCAUCAUUGGAGCGAUGAAUUCACAAUUGCAGAUCAUCUACAAGAAGAAAAGCAGAGGAAAGCCAUGGAGGAGGAAAGGAGAAGAAAAAAGAAAGAGGAGAGAAGAUUGGCUUCAAUGUCGGCCGUCUCCCAAACCCCUGAAACUGAACCCCAGUCUUCUAAUGUAUAA